CCGCUCGCGAGUGCUACCGCCUCUUCUCCCCGCCCCUGGCACCUCCUCCUAGCUCCAGCGAGUCGCCAGCUCUCCGCGCCAGUCGCUAGCUGCCGCGGCGCUGCGAGCUUCUUCUCUGAUCGAGGGACUCCUGAAUAUAUUUGAAAACAACAAUUUCAGCCAAGCCGAAGCAUCGCCUUCCUGGAGGCACAGAUCCAGCGUAGCUGAGCCACGACAGAGAGUAAGAGAUUUGGAUUAAAUACUAUAAGAGCUUCCUUAUUUUAUCACAAACAGAAAGAGAUUCACCAAGUUCUCAUAUAAGUCAUCAUGGUGAAAAGCCAUGUAGGCGGCUGGAUCCUGGUUCUCUUUGUGGCCACAUGGAGUGACGUGGGCCUCUGCAAGAAGCGACCGAAGCCUGGAGGAGGAGGCAGCAGUGGCGGGAGCCGAUACCCAGGGCAAGGAAGUCCUGGAGGCAACCGCUACCCACCCCAGGGUGGUGGCGGCUGGGGUCAGCCCCAUGGUGGCGGCUGGGGUCAGCCCCAUGGUGGCGGUUGGGGUCAGCCCCAUGGUGGCGGCUGGGGUCAGCCCCAUGGUGGUGGCUGGGGUCAGCCCCAUGGUGGCGGCUGGGGUCAGCCCCAUGGUGGCGGAGGCUGGGGACAGCCCUAUGGUGGCAAGCCCAGUAAACCCAAAACCAACAUGAAGCAUGUGGCAGGAGCUGCCGCGGCUGGGGCCGUGGUGGGGGGCCUGGGCGGCUAUAUGCUGGGGAGUGCAAUGAGCAGGCCGCUCAUACAUUUUGGCAAUGACUAUGAGGACCGUUACUAUCGUGAAAACAUGCACCGUUUCCCCGACCAAGUGUACUACAGGCCUGUGGAUCAAUACAGCAACCAGAACAACUUCGUGCGUGACUGCGUCAACAUCACGGUCAAGGAGCACACGGUCACCACCACCACCAAGGGGGAGAACUUCACUGAGACUGACGUCAAGAUAAUGCAGCGUGUGGUGGAGGAGAUGUGCACCAUCCAGUACCAGAAAGAGUACCAGGCUUACCAAAGAGGGGCGAGCAUGAUCCUUUUCUCCUCCCCUCCUGUGAUCCUCCUCCUCUCUUUCCUCAUUUUCCUAAUCGUGGGAUGAGGGCCGCUUUCUGUUUCCAUCAUCCUCAUCUUUUACCGGGUUGGGGGAGGGGUUAUCUACUUGCAGCCCUGUAGUGGCAGUGUCUCAUUCUUGCUUCUCCCUUUGUCACCCGUAGGCUAAUCCCCUUGGCCCCGAUGGCACAGGGAAAUGCAGAGCAGGCCUGGCAGGCUGUGUAGUCAAGCCCAUUUGAUUGAGUCCUUCAUGGACCAGUGCAAGUGCUGGGCUGGUAAGGGUGUAACAGCACAUAAUCAUUCUGUGAUCUAGGCUUAUUUUUUGGCUAGUGCAACAGACUGAGGCUAAAUAAUCUCAAAACAGUCUUCGAAUACCUUUGCCUACAUACCCCUGGCUCUUUGCCCCACUAGAGCUCAGUACACUAAUGCUCCAUCUUAGUUAGCAGUGAUUUUGUAGCAAUUUGGACACAUUUUUCUCAUUCAUUUUAAGAAAACCUGACUGCAUUUGCCAGUUCAAACAGCAUUUCUGCCAAAUUUGGAAGGAUGCUCAUUCAAAAAAGCAAAACUAGAAAUCCUUAGCUCCCAGGCCCAGGCUCAGCCUGCUGGAGAAUGUGUGCCCUGUCUCUGCAGGGAACUGUGACAAUGUUUUGCAUCUUGCAGUACAGGCUACACAGCAGCUAUUGCAUUGAGAGUAAAUAUUCAUGCAACAUUAGAUCUCUGGGUAGAGGGCAUUUUCAUAGGGAAUGAACAUAACUAACAUAAUAUGAAAGGCUUCUGGGGCUAAAAAUGUCCAACAUUUGGGAGUGGUGCCCUUGGAGGGUACCUACAUGUGGCAUUCCUUUAUUUAGUAACAUAAACUGUAGAUGAUUAAAGUAGUUAAAGAUUAAUUUAUCUUCUGGACACCAAGAACAAAUCUCCUUUGCUCAUUUACCUGGAAAUAGAAAUGAUUUUGACAUUGAGUAAAGCUAUGAGAUUUUGACAUAGAGGAAGCUGCAGCUGCAAAAAACACCAGUAUCAGAAGAUUAUGUAAUGAAGAAAAUGAUUAGUGUACAAAGAAAUGCUUGCAUUUCUUCAGAGCUGUCUCAUGAUUGUCAAAAACUAGAAUUAGGUUGAGUCCUUUGUCUCUGUAAUUGGCUUUUGAAUGGAAGAAUAGGGAAUCUAAAAAAAAGAAAAAAUGCUAGGCUGGAGAUGACAGGAGCAUGAUCCAUUUAGAGUGGAAAAAGAAAUUUUGUUCCUGUUAUUUAAAUAAGGUAAGAUUACUCCUUGGAUUGUUCAAUAUUGUCACCCAGCAGAUCUAUGUUUCUAUUCUGCAAUGUUAUUGGCUUGCACUGUGUGUGUAUUCUAUGUAAACGAAAAUAUAUGUAUAUACAUAUAGUGCACAUGACAAACAAAUUUUGGUUAGAACAGUUAACAUCUGAAGUAUCUGAUGCAUUACCUGUUUUUGUAAGGUACUAAAUACGUAAUACGUGGGAAACCCUUUUGUGUGGUCCUUGGGCUUACAAUGUGCACUGAAUAGUUUUGUAUAAGGAUCCAAAGUGGUCUUUGAAAUAUGCAUGUACUUUAUAUUUUCUAUAUUUGUAACUUUGCAUGUACUUGUUUUGUUGUAUAAAAAGUUUAUAAAUGUUUAAUAUCCAACUACAAUUAAACAGGAGCUGAGAUGACCGUCUUCUGUGGAGUCUGCUGUUGUAGCCACCAAAGCAUGGCCCCCUGACUGUCCUGGCAGAUCUGCCCCUGUCUUCCCUCCCUCCCUCUCUAAAAACUG